CUGUUAUUGACGAGCCCACACCCACCAUGGCCUCCGUCAGUUAAUAUCGGCGGAGAUCCCUGAUUCUUAGAAGAAAACAAGCAUCUUUUUGCACCUCUGAUUUGGCAGAUUUUUCAGCUUUCUGUCCCUGUGGAUGGCAUCUCCCACCCUCCUGGCCUUAGGGUCCUACAACCAGAGCCAGCUGGCACCUCCAAAUACGACGUUCUGUGAUGGUACUCAGGAAGCCUGGGACCUGCUGUACCGGGUGCUGCCUGGGUUCAUCAUCACCAUCUGUGUCCUGGGCCUGCUGGGCAACCUCUUCGUCCUGUCUUUCUUCCUCCUGCCGCGGCGGCGUCUGAAAGUGGCAGAAAUCUACUUGGCCAACCUGGCAGCUUCCGACCUGGUGUUUAUCUUGGGCUUGCCCUUCUGGGCAAAGAACAUCUGGGACAACUUCCACUGGCCCUUCGGGGUCCUCCUGUGCCGCAUCGUCAAUGGCGUCAUCAAGGCCAAUCUGUUCAUCAGCAUCUUCCUGGUGGUGGCCAUCAGCCAGGACCGGUACCGCGCGCUGGUGCACCCCAUGGCCAGCCAGAGGCUGCGGCGGCGGCGGCAGGCCCAGGCCACCUGCGUGCUCAUCUGGGGCCUGGGCGGCCUCCUCAGUGUCCCCACAUUCCUGCUCCGCACUGUCCGACCUGUCCCAGACCUGAACAUCUCCGCCUGCAUGCUGGAGUUCCCCCACGAGGCCUGGCACUACGUGAAGAUCGUGAAGCUAACCGUGCUGGGCUUCCUCCUCCCGCUGGCCGCCAUUGUCUUCUUCAACUACCACAUCCUGGCCUCCCUGCGGCGGUCCGGGCAGCGGGAGGUCAGCAGGACCAGGUGCGGGGGCCCCACCAGCCGCAAGACCACCGUGCUGAUCCUCACGCUGGUGGUGGCCUUCCUGGUCUGCUGGGCCCCCUACCACUUCUUUGCCUUCCUGGACUUCCUGUUCCAGGUGCGCGCCGUGCAGGGCUGCCCCUGGGAGGACUUGGUAGACCUGGGCCUGCAGUUUGCCAACUUCUUUGCUUUCAUCAACAGCUGCCUGAACCCAGUGAUCUACGUGCUGGUGGGCCGGCCUUUCAGGACCAAGGCCUGGGAGCUUUAUAAACAGUGUACGCCGAGGAGUCUUGUCCAGUCCUCGGCCCAUGAGAAAGAAGUCCUCCAACUUCGCUGGUGGAAAUAAAACAGCGCUGAGCCAAGCAGCUCAGCUUCCUCAUCCGUUCUGACAAAAUGAACACUAUUGUCGAUGGUGGGAUAAUGGCCUCCCGAGAUAGCUGGGACCAGUCCCGGGGCCUCGGACUGUUUCUCUGGCCACCGAGACUUUGCAGAUGCACUCAGGAUCUUGAGGUGGGGAGUUUCCUGGCUGAUCUGGGUGACCUCGAUGUAACUACAAAGUUUCUCCAAAAGGAGGCGGGGGUCAGAGCCAGAGGCUGCGUGACACAGAAGCAGGAGGCUGGACCAGGCAAGCACAGGGCCAGGAGCCAAGAGCAGUGGGCGGCUCCUGACUAGAAGACAGGGAGGUAGACCCUCCCUCCCCUGGAGGCCCCAGAAGGCACCGACCUCUUGACUUUUGCCCCAGGAGACUGAUUUUGGGCUUCUGGUUCCAGAACUGUAAUAAUAAUAAUAAAUUUCUGUUGUUCUA